GUUUGUUCUUUCUUCCGGUGUAGAGUGUACUUGACUCUUCACGUCCUUACAUUUCUCAAAAAAAAACAGUAAACAUGCCACGAGAAAUUAAAGAAAUUAAAGAUUUCCUUUUGAAGGCAAGGAGGAAGGACGCAAAAUCUGUUAAAAUAAAGAAGAACGCCGAAAAUGUCAAAUUCAAGGUGCGUUGUUCAAGGUUUUUGUACACUCUUGUCAUUACCGACAAAGAAAAGGCUGAAAAAUUGAAGCAAUCUUUGCCUCCAGGUCUUCAAGUAAAAGAGGUUAAGAGGAGUGAACGCAUGUAAUUAAGUAAAUAAAAGCCUUUAAAUAAUAAUCAAAA